ACUCCAGACAAGUCGCCGUUCUGGUUGCAAGCAUCUUGGCCAGCACCUGCCCAACAGAGUCAGGGGCAUCGGACGACCUUCACAUAUCAACCGUCUUGGGGCCAGGUAGCGCCCACCAGAGUGUUGCUGGCACCUGGUAGCCAAGCCAACGACACGACGAGCAUAGCAGCUGUCAGAAGCCGUGAUCCGGGGUCCAUUACUCCUCGAGGUGGCUUGGUAUGCAUCAUCAUUGCAUGCCCGUCAACAUCCAUUGUCUGUGGCAUGCACAUGUGGAGACACUGGUACCCUGGAUGCGCACGUCCGGUUUAGGGAUCCGCGGCCACUACUCCAUCUCGACGUUGCCAACUCGUUGCCCUUCUCCUCCCUGAGUCGAGGAUUGACCGAGGCCCAGUUGCACAAGCUCACCACCAUGUUCACCUUCAGCGGAAACCUACUGGCGGGGCAAUAUGACACGCAGAAACAGAGGUCCCCUCCACCGAAACCGACACCCGUCACGUUUCCUGCUCUCCACCCGCCCGAGCCGUCAACACAAGCACCACCAGCUUCGUGGUCCCAGCCAGGUGCCAGGAUAACAGACCAUUUUCUGCGACUGAAGAAGCCCUUCGAUGUCAGUGAGGAAACCUUGGCCUUGCUAAAUGUCACGUUUCAGCCAGAGAGUGACCUGGAAACAUUCCUUUCGUCCCUGUCAAACAACGCAGAGUCGUUCAUGCCUCCCAAAUCCUGGUUUGACAGUCCUGGAGAACAACAGCCGUCCUCAAAUACUGGAACCACUCCCAAACUUCUGAGCAAUGGUAGAAAAGCACCAGAGCAGCGUGACUUCUUUGCUCGUUCAAGAGAAUUGUUUUUCAAUAACGCCGAUGCCUUCUCUACCCUCACCCGCAAAGGGUGUGGAAGUCAACCACCACUUCGACUGGCUCAUUUCCGGAAAUUCUGGGAAGGACUUGAUAACCUAGCCUACUAUUGGGACACAUCUUUGGACGAGUACUUGUCCCCAGCUCAAGGAGCAAACAGUGAUGAACGAACAGCCUUCAACCCCCUGUCGGGGUCCACAGAUACCAAUCCCCAAGAGGCCUCGGGUGAAACCGACCCGGAGAGGGCAUCUGCAACCAAGUCCGAGCCCUGCAUGCUUAGCCCGGAGGAGCCUCGAAAGAAGGCAAAGGUGGGAGAUACUAGAGGUGAGAACCAGUCGAUAUACCUCCAAAGCGACAACGGUUCUGGAAAAGACCUUUCGAAUGAAUCGGCACAUCCAGAACGCAUACAUCGAAACAACAUUGACCCGCUUGGAGCCCCAAGGGGCACUAACAAAAAGGCCGAGAGCACGCCAGCCGAUGUUCCUCAAGGCACCUAUAGAGGCUAUCGUAUAGGCAAUGGGGCUGGGAUGCCUGACCAGUAUCGGAUUGAGUGCGUGCGUUCUUUCCUAGAGCCUAUUGCGUGGGCUUUUGGUGUGACACUCUUUCCACAUCGCCGCCCGCCUGUGCUCACAAUCGAGCACAUUCGAUUUCCGGUCCGUAUGAGCUCUGUAGCUUGGCGCGGCCCUCAAGACAGAGUCAAGGCUAGACAGGGUUGCUUGGAAGGUCCCGUACUAGGCAUGCAGUGUAGAGCCGACGUCAACUUUGGGGCAACCGGAAGACUAGAAGCCCAGUCCACUCUAGAUGCUGUAAGAGAGCUAGGGGGGCUACUGUUGCUCGCACAAGAGAGAGCCAGAGAGGGAAAAUGUGAGCAAAGAGCUGGCGAAGGCAAAUGGUGGACGACCAAAGAGCGCUGGGGUGGAGGCCCUGGGGGCGAAGUUGGUGAGGCUAUUGGAGCUGCUGAGAUCCUUGAAAAGGACACGAUUUCUAAGCCGGAAGAAAAGCCUGUUGAGAGAAAUCGAGACGGAUCCAAAGCCCGUCGGAGGCCAACACCAGCUGAAGUCUGGAAGACAUUGCGACCCGGAAAUCCACUCUGGGACCCAAAGGUCACAUAUGAGGCGAUUGGCAAAGACAGGAGUAUCGCGUGGGACGAUGUAUUCAUGGUAUCGUCAUUGAACCACCACAUUAGCUUGUUAAGGCUUCGUAUACAUCCUGCAUAUCUGGAGCUUAUCACCGAAGGCAGAAUCCCUGCUGAGACGCCACCGGAAUCUGACUGGUGCUCGCCAAAAUUACAGAGAACAAGAUGGUUUGACUUGUUCAACAUUGAAGACCGCGCUGAAGCUAUGAGAGGGGUUUGGGGCAUCAUGUCCUAUCUCAUGCGCACUGACAGCGCCGGUCAUGAAAAUGCUGGUAUGAGUGAAUGAUGCAAUUCCGUCAUUAGUAUACCACAUGUAUAUUUCUCAGACCGUCGACGAGGUCGUGAUACAGAUUCAAGUGGAAUGAAUGGUAGACACUGUGUUGGGGUGUCGUCAAGCUCGGGAGGGGCACCGGAAUUCUAAACCGGAUUGGAAUGUCACAGACUACUUGAGAGCCACACCCGAUGCACCUAACAUCUUCUUCUAGUCCAUAACGUUCUCCAUUCAUCAAUAUGAGACGUCGGUCUAGAUCUUCAACGACUAACAAGUUUCCCGUGUCACGACCCAUUCUAACAGUAUUAGCAGGCGUGCCUGCUUCACAAAUUGUACUAACCCACACUGGCUUGAAACAAAAGGUCAAGCUCUUUUACUAAGAGUCGUUGGGUAAAAGCACAGGAAAGGAUAG